AUGGGUAAACCUUCAGAUUUACUCUUGUGCUAUUCAAUCAUUUUAUGGUUGAUAAGAUGCACUAGCCUUCCAAUUAUCCUCCUUUUUACUGCUACACACGUGUCAGGAACGAGAAAUAUUUUAAAAGUUCACGCAGCUUUUAUCCAUGGAUAUUCACUGGUAAGAGAUAGAGAACAUGGCAGGCCUAACUUUGAUAGGAAUUUAUAUAAAGCAAUUCCCAGUAAAGCUGAUAAUGUGGCCUCAAAUGAACACGAAGAUUCGGAGGAACAAUCGAUGAAGAAAAAAGUUCACACUAGCGAUACACAUAGAGAGCUUCGUAGAACCUCUAAGGUAGUAAACUCACUCCUUGAUAGAUUUGGGAUAUCAAACAACCUAUCUAACAGAAGAAUGAGAAACAAUUAUUCCAACAAGUCAAGUGAGAAUAGACCUGACAAUACGCAAUAUUUUAAUACAGAAAACAAUGGACAAGGUCAAAGAACGAAUAGAGCAAAAUAUGAUGAAAGAGUCUACAGAAAUAAACCUAAAACGGAAUUUAUGGAUAACGAUUUACAUAAAGAACAAAAUCAAUACAAUUAUGGAUCCACGAAGAGGUGGAAUAACUUUAAAGAUAAUAGUAGGCCAAACGCACCUAAACAAAAUGUAGAGAUAACUCAGAGUGAUAUGGAAUCCAUUCCACUUUUAACUCCUGGGAUACGUGAUAUCUCAUCUGUUGGAGGUAAUCUGGCGGAAAACAAAUUAAUCAUGGAAAUGCAGAAAAAAGGAUUUUGCGGAAUCGUUGACCCAAAUUCUUUGUUCAGUUUAUCUCACAAUGUCUUUGAUAAUAGUGGCUCCACAUUUGAAUCGAUUGGUAUUUAUGAUAAAUCUCUACUAGGCGUAUUGAAUUCCCAUGGAAUUACCAAGCCAACGAUAACCCAAAAAAAAAACAUUCCGAGAUUGAUUGAUAUGUUUAAGUCACAAAGUUCUAAAGGUCUAGAAACAUGUUUCAUAAAUGCAGUCACAGGGUCUGGAAAAACCCUGGCAUACCUAUUACCUAUAAUGCAGCAUUGUCUAAACAGCAAAAUACCAUUGCAAUCUCUAGAUGAGCCUGACUACAAAGCCAAACUUAUGUCAUUUUUCCAUCAAAAUAUCAUAAUCUUUUGCACAUCCGCAGAGCUCUCUAUUCAAACUCGCGAUGUAUUUAAUAGGAUAUACAGCACAUAUGAGAGUAUUAGGAAGAAAAAAGAUGCUAGCAUAGAUUUAAAUCGGGAUCAUAAAUCACUCUUUUCCUCAAUAUGUUCAGAUAUACUAGAUAAGAAUAAAGAGUCCCCUCUAAAUGAAAUGGACGUAACAACUCAUAUUGUUCCUAUAGUGCUAUUCACCCAGGCGAAUGCAGCAAAUCAGGGAUCUCAACUUAAAUCUUUACAAAAACAGCAAAAUGAAGAUAUGCACAACGCCAUGGACAUGAUAUCUCAAAAAGACAAAAGUAAACCUAUUAACCGUAGAGUUGGAUUGUUUCUUGCGGAUUUUAAGAGGGCACACCUUCUCGCUUUUGUCAAGCGCGUUUUAAGCAUUAAUGAUAUAAAGUAUGCCGUUAUUGAUGAGUAUGACGGACACAUUUGUUAUAAAAAAGAUCGUGAUACUGCCGACAUAGAAGAAGGGAGGAAUAUCAACGAAGUUAUACAGAAAUUUAAAUCUUAUAGAAAAUACAAUGACAAAGAUACAGAAUCUGAUUCUCGUUUCCUCAUAAAUCUCUCUGCAUCAAACAUUAGGGAUAAUACACCAUACAUCAUUAGAGAUAUGUUUAAGGACGGUAAAGAUAAUGAUGCUACAUACACUGGGUACAAGUGCCCUAGUCUUCCAGAUACAAUUCUGCAUACUGUGAUCAUCAUUCGACGGGAUUCUCAACUGUACACAUUGAAAAGACUUCUAUGCACAGAACCAUACGAGAAAUCAGUCAUGAUAUUCUGCUCUACACCUAGGUGCUCCGAAUUCCUCCAUCACAAUCUUCCUAGGAUAAUAAAAGACACAAAUAUUGAUUUGAUCAAUAAACAUCAGGGCAGAUUGAGGCAGAAGAAUCAAUUCAUGAAAGUCAUGCAAAAGAACAUCCAAAAUACGCUGGAAAGUAUUGACAAGGAAACUGGUGGAGGAGAGAACAAGGAAUCUGUAAAGUCCACGAGAUUUGUGAAAAAUAUCCUCAUUUCCGAUUCUCGGAUUGCCAGGGGCAUUGACCUGAGCGGGUUUACUCAUUUGAUCAAUUAUGACGUUCCACACGAUAUAAAUUUUUAUCUCCAUCUAAGCGGAAGGAUCGGCAGAGCUGGAAAUCCAGGCAUCGUCAUUAAUAUGGUAGAGCAUAGACUACUUCCGGCGUUCACAAGGGCAAUAGCAAACAGAUUACCAAAGAAGGUAUACAACUUGGACUUUCACAGAAGAUAUUUGUGUAUCAAAGCAAAUUGA